ACGCGCGUUUAGUAUUUGUUUCUUUUCUUUAUUUUAUAAUGGUUCAAAUUAUGCCGUAAACUUUUUUAUCCUUUUCAUAAACAUUUUAUAUUGUAUAAACUUUUAUUGAAAAUGAGUUUUAGCAGUGACGAGGUUAACUAUUUAGUCUAUCGAUAUCUCAUUGAGUCCGGUUUCACACACGCGGCAUACACAUUUGGAAUAGAGAGUCACAUCAGCCAUUCCAACAUAAAUGGCUCCAUCGUUCCUCCAGCCGCACUGCUCAACAUCAUCCAGAAAGGACUCCAAUAUACUGAAGCUGAAAUCAGCAUUGCAGAAGAUGGCACGGAAAGGACGGUUGAAGCCAUCUCAUUAAUCGACGCAGUUCUCCCUGAUUUCAUUGAGCACAAGAAGCAGGGGACAACAACUAAAGGCAUGAAUCAAUGUAAACCAGAGAAAGCUGGAGUUGAUGAUGACAAGGAGAUGAUGGAGUUGGACACUGGUAUUGAGAUACCAGCCAGCAAGUCAGUCAUCUUGAAGGGGCACGAAUCUGAAGUCUUCAUAUGCGCCUGGAAUCCCACCAAUGACCUUCUGGCUUCUGGGUCUGGCGAUUCAACAGCUCGAAUUUGGAAUCUGAACGAAUCUUCAUCGUCAACGCCAGUUUCCACAUCUGCAGCAUCCGCUUCAUCAUCGUCACUGCCAGGAGAGGCUGGAAACAGCGUAACUGCAGUCAGUUCGACAAGUGGCACGGUCAUAUCGGGGGGCUCAGCCGCUGGGGCCAACCAACUGGUACUGAGGCACUGCAUUCAAAAGGGGGGCACGGAGGUCCCCAGCAACAAGGAUGUUACAUCCCUCGAUUGGAAUUGUGACGGCACACUGCUUGCCACAGGGUCAUAUGAUGGAUAUGCGCGCAUCUGGGCAACUGACGGUCAUCUUGUCAGUACAUUGGGCCAGCAUAAAGGUCCCAUAUUUGCUCUCAAAUGGAACAAAAAAGGCAACUACAUACUUAGUGCUGGCGUUGACAAGACCACUAUUAUAUGGGAUGCCAGCUCAGGCAGAUGCACCCAACAGUUUGGCUUUCACAAUGCUCCGGCCCUGGACGUUGAUUGGAAGGAUAACAUGACGUUUGCUUCAUGCUCAACAGACCAAUGUAUCCACGUUUGCAAACUGGGGACUGAUAAGCCGAUCAAGACUUUCCAAGGCCACACUAAUGAAGUGAACGCAAUAAAGUGGGAUCCUCAAGGAGUUCUCCUGGCCUCCUGUUCUGAUGACAUGACGCUGAAGAUAUGGAGUUUGAAACAAGAUACGUGCAUACAUGAUUUGCAAGCACACAACAAAGAGAUAUACACAAUCAAGUGGAGUCCAACUGGUCCUGGCACAAACAAUCCCAAUGCAAGUCUCAUACUGGCCAGUGCUUCUUUUGACUCAACCGUUCGAUUGUGGGAUGUUGAACGUGGUGUGUGUGUGCACAAGUUGACCAGGCACUUGGAACCUGUCUACAGUGUGGCCUUCAGUCCUGAUGGGAAGCAUAUAGCCAGCGGAUCGUUUGAUAAGUGUGUACACAUUUGGAGCGUUCAGACUGGCGCUUUAGUGCACACAUACAGAGGAACUGGAGGAAUCUUUGAAGUGUGCUGGAAUUACAGAGGAGAUAAGGUGGGAGCCAGUGCAUCUGAUGGAUCGGUGUUCGUCCUGGACUUGAGAAAAUAAGCUGACAUGUGUGAUUAACUAACUCAUUUUCUAUUUAACAUUUUCAUAUUUAUUUUUGUAAGAUGAACAAUGGUUUUAAAAACAAUUAUGGUUUACUUUAAAGUUUUAGUUCAUUUCUUCAAAGCCUUCAUGGACUUCAUGGACUGUUCUCAACUUAUUUGGUUUGGUUGAGCAUAUUGAAAACUAAUUAGGAUAUAAAAAUGUAUUUAAUAAUUAACGAACGUAAAUGCAUGCUAGUGUAUCCUUUGUUUAUUUAUCAGAGUAGUAGAAGUCUGAAGUGGUGGUGAUGGAUUGAAUUAAAUAUAAAACAGCUCAAAUAUAUGUUGUUUUUUUUU